CUGCGGAUGACCAGCUCCAGUUUCUCCUGUAAAGAAACUCUGCCUCAGGCUGAGUCGAAAUGCCCUUCCUUGCCGUUUGGAUCCAUCCAGGGUCCUCCCCUCUGGAUCUGGAGAAGGCCAGCUUGCUCCCUCUUCCAGAACGUGAACUACAAAGGGCCCUAUGGUUACCCGAAACUGAAAGAACGAGAACCCCGUGCUUGCAUCCGAUUUAAGUGUGCCCUCACAAACACAAUUUUAGAUGUCCUUCGACAACGGCCGGGAUGGGUCGAAGUGAAAGAGGAAGGUGAGUGGGACUUUUACUGGUGUGAUGUUCGGUGGCUCCAGGAAAACUUUGACCACACCUACAUGGAUGAGCACGUGCGUAUCAGCCACUUCCGGAAUCACUAUGAGCUGACUCGGAAGAAUUACAUCGUGAAGAACCUGAAGCGGUUUCGGAAGCAGUUGGAACGAGAGGCCGGGAAACUGGAGGCCAUGAAGUGUGACUUUUUCCCAAAAACCUUUGAGAUGCCUUCCGAGUAUCACUUGUUUGUGGAAGAAUUUCGCAAGAACCCCGGCAUCACCUGGAUCAUGAAACCGGUUGCCCGAUCUCAAGGAAGAGGCAUUUUUCUCUUCCGGAAGCUCAAGGAUGUGAUUGACUGGAGGAAGGAUGGUGUUCGCCUCGAUGACCAGAAGGAUGAAAUUCCAGUAGAAAACUACGUAGCUCAGCGCUAUAUUGAGAACCCAUAUUUAAUAGGAGGUCGGAAGUUUGACUUGAGGGUCUACGUCCUCGUCAUGUCGUAUCUCCCACUCAAAGCUUGGCUGUAUCGCGAUGGCUUUGCUCGGUUCUCCAACACGCGCUUCACGCUGAACACCAUCGACGACCAUUAUGUUCACCUGACCAAUGUUGCCGUACAGAAGACAGCUCCUUACUACGAUCCUGAGAAGGGGUGCAAGUGGAUGAUCCAGAAGUUCCGUCUCUACCUGACGGCCAAGCACGGCCCGGAAGCUGUGGAGGCCCUCUUCUCCGAGAUGGACAACAUCUUCAUCAAGAGCCUGCAGAGCGUCCAGAAAGUCAUCAUCAGCGACAAGCAUUGCUUCGAACUCUACGGUUACGACAUUUUGAUCGACCAGGACCUCAAGCCGUGGCUGCUGGAGGUGAACGCAUCCCCCUCCCUCACGGCUAGCAGCCAGGAAGACUAUGAACUCAAGACCCACCUGCUGGAGGACACGCUCCACAUCGUGGACAUGGAGGGCAGGUUGACGGGGAAGGAGAAGCGUGUUGGGGGCUUUGAUCUUAUCUGGAAUGACGGUCCUGUCAGCAGAGGAGACGGCAACCUGGAUACUCCCAUGAAUGGCUUUGUAGCAAAUACACAUCUAGGCUACAACAAUGACAGGAAGAAACAUCUGAAGCAGCUUUUCAAGGCUUUUCAGACACAACAGAAAGCGUAACCCUCACCCCUGAGCGCUGCGUAAAGAUGGUCGAAACCCUGGGCAGGGUCUUCCUUUCUGUUGCAGAGCUACAUGGGGCAGGCGCAUGUGUGUGUGUGUGUGUGUGUGAGCCGUGCUGCCUCAGCAAAUAGCUUCUGGGAUCUUCAGGAACAUCACUGGAGUAACAAGCAGGCCAAGCACAAGGAGAGACCAGGCGCUUGGUGAGAGCGCCCGAGCACCGCGGGUUUUGUACAGUGGGCCCCACUGGAGGAUAUCCUGCUGCUCCCCUGGACAAGCCCAAAAUAGACUGUGGCAGUAGAUAGAGCGAGAGGAAGGGGGCAGCACCAUUUUUGCUCUGCCCAUGCCAGCAAUCGUACAUAUAUUCUUACCCCAACGGAAGCCUCAGUAGAAGGUUGUGUCCCCCACACAAACACUCUUUCUUGCCUGCCAGACUGCCUUUGCAGUAAGCAUGGAUUUUUUUUUAAAAAAAAAAAACCUAACUCCUCACUUACAGAACUCAGAAGCCUGCUCAGUGGGUUUCUGCUGCAUCGUGAUGUUGUGGGGGUGGGGAGAAACAGAAGCGACGGGGACUUCCAACCAGUCCAAAAAAACGGUGCCCUGUUUUCUAUGCUCACAGUUAUAGCAUCCAGAAUGAUGCUGAAAUACACAAAUGUCUUAGGGCAACAGCAACCUUUUAGAGCAUGCAAGAGAGUCCUCAUUGGAGGAGGUCUGGGCAGAUAAGCAUGAGCAGAUCCUUGGACAGUCAAGAUAACUCCCCUCCCCACCCCAUUGUUCUCUGUAAACAAGCAAAACUAGGAAGUAUCAGUGUGAACUGUGCAGCAGGAACCAGACCAUUAACAUCGGCUGCUUGUUGGGUUAGUCUCAAUAUUUAUGGAAGCUGAUCCACGGGUCCACCUGGCCCCAACGGUGGCAGUCCCACGCACCAUGAGCGGCCAUUCUGAAUGCUCCGACACAUAUUGAGGUCCACGGUCAUUUUGAAAAUUUCAGGAUACACGGCCGGCUAGAGCCGUCGCACGAGCAGCCAGAACACAAGGUGGCCUAGAGCUUCUCUGGACUCAAGGGGUCGGUGUACGUGCUCAGAAAGUUAGUUUAAUCGUGCGCCAGGAUAUCCACGAUAUGUAAACACAAUACAGUGAAUAAAACAGACACAGUAAACCAAACAAUACUGAAUACAUUAAUAUGCCAUGAACUUUACAGUUCCUUUAAAACAUUAAAGAUUAAGUGAACACCAGACAUAUUAAUAAGUUUGUUAACAAUAUUUAGCACCAACGAUGCAGUGUUAAGCAAUAUGGUAAACUGUUCACAUUAAUGUAUCUUAACAAACUAUCUUGCUCACAUAUAACCCACAUGGGAGAGAGAGAUUCACAAGAAACCGGGCCUUCUUGGCGGUGGCUCCUCGCCUCUGGAACAAUCUGCCUCCAGAGA